AUGUUGGGGUUUUUUGUUCUUAGCAAGGUAGCAAGCACAACAAGCACAACAAGCACAGCAAGCACAACAAGCACAGCAAGCAUAGCAAGCACAGCAAACAAGCACAGCAAGCAAGCAAGUCAUUCAAGCAAGCAAGCGAGCAAGCAAGUCAUUCAAGCAAGCAAGCAAGCAAGUCAUUCAAGCAAGCAAGCGAGCAAGCAAGUCAUUCAAGCAAGCAAGCAAGCAAGCGAGCAAGCAAGUCAUUCAAGCAAGCAAGCAAGCAAGUCAUUCAAGCAAGCAAGCGAGCAAGCAAGUCAUUCAAGCAAGCAAGCAAGCAAGUCAUUCAAGCAAGCAAGCAAGCAAGUCAUUCAAGCAAGCAAGCGAGCAAGUCAUUCAAGCAAGCAAGCGAGCAAGCAAGUCAUUCAAGCAAGCAAGCAAGCAAGUCAUUCAAGCAAGCAAGCAAGCAAGCGAGCAAGCAAGUCAUUCAAGCAAGCGAGCAAGCAAGUCAUUCAAGCAAGCGAGCAAGCAAGUCAUUCAAGCAAGCAAGCAAGCAAGUCAUUCAAGCAAGCAAGCGAGCAAGCAAGUCAUUCAAGCAAGCAAGCAAGCAAGUCAUUCACAAGCAAGCGAGCAAGGCAAGCCACGAAAGCAGACAAGCAUAUUCAGUCAGAGUUUCUUUAA